AUGGGUGUAGUAAGAUGGAAAUCUGCAGUAAAAUACUUUCCCCUCGCCAUCGUAUUGAUGUCUUGUGUCGUCACAGCUCUGUACCUAAUUAACAACGCCGCUUCCAACGUUGUUACACAAGAAAACUUAGUUAUUUUCAAAGAGAGUGAUAACACCAUUUCAAGCUGUGAUUUCUUUUCAGGGAAGUGGGUUUACGACGACGUUUCGUACCCUCUUUACAAAGAGAGAGAGUGUACUAUAAUGGAAGAUAGUUUCGCAUGUGAGAAAAAUGGGAGAAAGAAUUUGAAAUAUCAAAAUUUUAGAUGGCAACCUCAUCAAUGCGAUCUUCCCAGGUUUAAUGGGACUGCGUUAUUGGAGAAAUUAAGGAAUAAAAAGCUUAUAUUCGUGGGUGAUUCAUUAGGUAGAAACCAAUGGAGAUCAUUACUCUGUCUAAUUGAACCAUAUAUUCCACCGUUAGCAAGAAGGGAUGGAGUUUUGCAUAAUUUGUAUGUCAAGGAAUAUAAUGUGACAAUUAGAGCACACUGGUCUCCGUAUCUUGUGGAAUCUGACCGUGAUGACCCAAAACAUCAUAAGGCGGAUAGUAAACGUACAAUACGUUUUCAAUCUAUAGAGAAGCAUGGGAGAAAUUGGAUUAAUGCAGAUGUACUUAUAUUUGAUACGUUUGCAUGGUGGACUGUUCCAGAUAUCACUCUUUUGUGGGGUUCACUUGACAAAUUUGACGCAAUAUAUAAGCAAGUGAAAAUAUCGGUACGUGAGUAUGAAGUAGCUUUAAAUAGUUGGUCAGAAUGGUUGGAAUUUCAAGUUGAUCGGAACAGAACCAAGAUUUUCUUCAUGAGCGCUUCACCCUUUCGCCUAGGAAAGACAUAUUGGGGAACUAGUCCAAGUUGUUACAACACAACAAAGCCAAUAUUUGAUGAAACAUAUUGGGCAAAUGGUGUUGAUCGAAAUAUGAUGGAGAUUGUGGAAUCAACUAUAGAAAAGCUUGAAGAAAGAGGAGUUAAAGUUGAAUAUAUGAAUAUAACUCAAUUAUCAGGAUAUAGAGAAGAUGCACAUCCAUCAAUUUAUAGGCCAUUCGCAAAUUUUGCAUUGAGAGAUAUCACCCCUGAGAAAUAUGCGGAUUGUUUGCAUUGGUGUCUUCCAGGAGUGCCGGAUAUUUGGAAUCAGAUUCUUUAUGCUUAUAUUAUGAAAUCUUAA